CGGAUUUUCUCUUCAUGGGCUGGGCGUGUUUCGCUUCUGCUAACGGUAUUGGCUAGAUUCUAGAACAGUUGUACAUACAGAGUUGUACAAUAGAUAGUCUCUGUUGGAAAGGAAGUAAUGAAGAACUUGCACUAGCUAGACUACUUUUUCUGUGAGAAUAUUGAUAUAAAAAAACCACGAUGCAAAAUCCGGACUCGGGACAGGGAGAAUCCACCAAGAAUGCAUCUGGGUCGGUCCAUUCCGAUAAUAAAGCACCGAAUAGCGGAGAAAUGAAGCCACCGGGUUUUGACGCUGUAUCGGUUCUUUGGACAUUUGGCAAGUGCCUAGGUGCCUUGCUGCCCGUGUACCUUGCAGGAUACUACCGGGUUAGCGCCAGUUUUUUGGUUUUCGGGCUUAUGGUCUACACGGGAUGGAGGCACUCGCGCGAGGCAAAAGAAGCUCGUCUGCGGUCCGCCAUUCACCACUAUGACAACGAGAAACAAUAUACAUCCAUGAACAUUUUCAGAAGUAAAAAGGAUCUCCCUGCUUGGGUCAACUUUCCAGAUGUGGAGAAGGUGGAGUGGCUCAAUAAGAUUCUGCAGCAGGUGUGGCCGUUUGUGGGUCAGUAUCUGGAAAAGUUGCUGGUGGAGACUAUCGCUCCCUCCAUCCGUUCCUCCAGCACUCACCUCCAGACCCUCACCUUCACCAAGGUGGACUUUGGGGACAAGGCCAUGAAGGUUGUGGGUGUGAAAGCACACACAGAGAAUGAGAGGGGACAAGUUCUGCUGGACGUGUACAUCAGCUAUGUUGGAAACGUUGAGAUUAAUGUGGAGGUGAAGAGGUAUUUCUGCAAAGCAGGAGUCAAGGGAAUACAGCUGCAUGGGAUGAUGAGGGUGAUUCUAGAGCCUCUGAUUGGAGAUGUCCCCAUCGUGGGCGCGGUCACCAUGUUCUUCAUCCGCAGGCCGAAACUGGACAUCAACUGGACUGGAUUGACCAACUUACUGGACAUCCCUGGCCUGAACAUCAUGUCUGACACUAUGAUAAUGGACGCCAUCGCCUCCUUCCUGGUUCUGCCCAACCGCCUGACUGUUCCCCUGGUAGCAGACCUGCACGUUGCCCAGCUACGCUCUCCUCUGCCCAGGGGUGUGGUACGUAUCCACCUCUUGGAGGCUGAUGACCUGCCAGCUAAGGACAACUACAUGAAGGGAGUGAUAGCGGGGUUGUCUGACCCAUAUGCUCUGUGUAGGGUGGGGCCUCAGACUUUCACCUCCCACGUUGUGGACAACACUGUCUGUCCCAAGUGGGGAGAGAUGUAUGAGGUCAUAGUCCAUGAAGUACCAGGUCAGGAGCUGGAGGUGGAGGUUUUUGACAAAGACCCAGACAAUGAUGACUUUCUGGGGAGAACCAAGAUAGAUUUGGGUAUCGUGAAGAAGUCCAAAGUUGUUGAUGAAUGGUUCACCCUGAAAGAAACCAAGUCAGGACGUGUCCAUUUCAGACUGGAGUGGUUGGUCUUGUUGCCCAAUACGGAGCGACUGGAACAGGUUCUUCAGAGGAACGAGAGCAUGACGGUGUCCAGUAAGACUUCUGACCCCCCCUCGGCAGCUAUCUUGGCAGUGUAUCUGGACAAGGCUGAAGCCCUUCCUAUGAAGAAGGGCAAUAAAGAACCUAGUCCCAUGGUGCAGUUGUCUGUACAGGACAUCACUCGAGAGAGCAGGACCUGUUGGACGACCAUCAACCCAAAAUGGGAGGAUGCCUUCACCUUCUUUAUCCCAGAUCCACACAAGCAGUCAAUAGACAUUCAGGUGAAGGACAAUGACCGGAUACAGACUCUAGGUAGUCUGUCCAUCCCACUGUCCCGCCUGCUGUCGGGCCCCAACCUGUCUCUGGACCAAUGGUUCCAGCUAGACAAAUCUGGCCCUGCCAGCCGCAUCUACAUCAACACUGUACUCAGGGUGUUAUGGUUAGAUGAGGAAAACAUCCCCACUUCCUCUACAGAAGCAGCCAACCUAGCAGCAGGUCUCUCAAAGAUACGCCCCCAACAGACCUCCCCAGACCCCAGCUUUGCCACAGAGGGGGUGCUGAGAAUCCACCUUCUAGAGGGCCAAAAUCUGGUCCCCAAGGACAACAUGGUGGGGGGCAUGGUGAAGGGCAAGAGUGACCCCUAUGUCAAGAUCAACAUUGGGGGUGAGACCUUUGAAAGCCGGGUCAUCAAUAGGAACCUCAACCCCACCUGGAACGAGAUGUAUGAGGUGGUUCUGACCACACUGCCUGGCCAGGAGCUGCAUGUAGAGCUGUUUGAUAAGGACAUGGACAUGAAGGAUGACUUCAUGGGAAGGUUGAAGAUCAGUCUGAAGGAUAUCAUCACCUCUCAAUACACUGACCAGUGGUACACUCUGAAUGAUGUGAAGUCAGGUCGCCUUCACCUGGUACUGGAGUGGGUACCAACAGUAUCACAACCAGACAGACUGGAUCAGGUGUUCCAGUUUCAGUCCAGGCAGUCUUACCACAACAAAGCCUUUCCAUCCAUGGCUCUACUGUUUGUGUUUGUGGAGAGGGCUGACGGCCUACCCCUGAAGAAAAGUGGGAAGGAGCCAAAAGUGGGAGCUGAACUUGUUGUGGGGGGGACCUCCCAUAAAACGACGGUGUGUGAUCGCACCAUCUCACCCCAGUGGGACGAGGCUUUUUACUUCCUGGUUCAUGACCCCAGAGAGGAGAUCCUCAUAGUGAAGUUGUCUCACAGUUGGACCUUGCCUAUUGGUUCUCUGGUAGUACCAGUCAGAGAGCUGCUGUCAGAACCAGAUCUGGUCCUGGAUCAGUGGCUGAGUCUGGAUGGAGCCUCACCUGACAGUCAGAUUCUACUGAGGGCUGAACUGAAGGUGCUGUGUCCCAAGAAGUGUGAGAUUGAUGUGGAGAGGGCAGAUCAACCCAGAGCUCGAGCCGCCUCUACUGCUGAACAGACACUGGAGAGAGACACAGUGCAGCAGAGGUGUAUUUCAGUGGACACUCCCAGUGCUCCAUCCCCCAGCCCUUCCUCUAUCCCAGCACCAGUACCAGAGCCAGAGGAGGCUAAGAGGGUAACAGUUACUGAGAUGGUACCUGAGGAGGUCACUGAGGAACCCAGUCAUCCUGGAACACUCCCAACACACACCAACCCUGAGCCCAGCUUUGGCUCUGAGGGGGUGCUGAGAAUCCACCUACUGGAGGCCCAGAAUCUAAUCGCCAAGGACAAUCUGAUGGGGGGCCUGAAGAAGGGCAAGAGUGACCCGUACGUCAAGAUCAACAUCGGAGGGGUCAAGUUUAAGAGUCAUGUGAUCAAGGAGAACCUCAACCCCACCUGGAACGAGAUGUAUGAGACGGUGAUGACCCCACAGUCAGAUCAGGAGGUCCAGGUAGAGCUGUAUGAUAAAGACAUGGACAAGGAUGACUUCCUGGGCAGGUGUAACAUCAGUAUGAGAGACAUCAUACACUCCCAGUAUACCGACCAGUGGUACAUUCUGAAUGAUGUGAAGUCAGGUCGUGUUCACCUGGUACUGGAGUGGGUACCAACAGUAUCACAACCAGACAGACUGGAUCAGGUGUUGCAGCUGCAGUCUAUCCAGUCCUACCAGAACAAGGCUGUUCCCUCUGCUGCUCUGCUCUUCGUCUACAUGGACAGAGCCCACUCACUGCCUUUGAAGAAAAGUGGGAAGGAGCCAAAUGCUGGAGCUGAGCUUGUUCUGGGAGAGACAACCUACAGAACCAAGGUGUGUGAUCGUACCAAUUCCCCCCAAUGGGAAGAGGCUUUCUACUUCCUGGUUCGUGACCCCAGAGAGGAGAUUCUCAUAGUGAAGCUCUCCAGUGCUUGGGAUCAGGCGAUGGGUUCUCUGGUGGUACCAGUCAGAGAGCUGCUGUCAGAACCAGAUCUGGUCCUGGAUCAGUGGCUGAGUCUGGAUGGAGCCUCACCUGACAGUCAGAUUCUACUGAGGGCUGAACUGAAGGUGCUGUGUCCCAAGAAGUGUGAGAUUGAUGUGGAGAGGGCAGAUCAACCCAGAGCUCGAGCCGCCUCUACUGCUGAACAGACACUGGAGAGAGACACAGUGCAGCAGAGGUGUAUUUCAGUGGACACUCCCAGUGCUCCAUCCCCCAGCCCUUCCUCUAUCCCAGCACCAGUACCAGAGCCAGAGGAGGCUAAGAGGGUAACAGUUACUGAGAUGGUACCUGAGGAGGUCACUGAGGAACCCAGUCAUCCUGGAACACUCCCAACACACACCAACCCUGAGCCCAGCUUUGGCUCUGAGGGGGUGCUGAGAAUCCACCUACUGGAGGCCCAGAAUCUAAUCGCCAAGGACAAUCUGAUGGGGGGCCUGAAGAAGGGCAAGAGUGACCCGUACGUCAAGAUCAACAUCGGAGGGGUCAAGUUUAAGAGUCAUGUGAUCAAGGAGAACCUCAACCCCACCUGGAACGAGAUGUAUGAGACGGUGAUGACCCCACAGUCAGAUCAGGAGGUCCAGGUAGAGCUGUAUGAUAAAGACAUGGACAAGGAUGACUUCCUGGGCAGGUGUAACAUCAGUAUGAGAGACAUCAUACACUCCCAGUAUACCGACCAGUGGUACAUUCUGAAUGAUGUGAAGUCAGGUCGUGUUCACCUGGUACUGGAGUGGGUACCAACAGUAUCACAACCAGACAGACUGGAUCAGGUGUUGCAGCUGCAGUCUAUCCAGUCCUACCAGAACAAGGCUGUUCCCUCUGCUGCUCUGCUCUUCGUCUACAUGGACAGAGCCCACUCACUGCCUUUGAAGAAAAGUGGGAAGGAGCCAAAUGCUGGAGCUGAGCUUGUUCUGGGAGAGACAACCUACAGAACCAAGGUGUGUGAUCGUACCAAUUCCCCCCAAUGGGAAGAGGCUUUCUACUUCCUGGUUCGUGACCCCAGAGAGGAGAUUCUCAUAGUGAAGCUCUCCAGUGCUUGGGAUCAGGCGAUGGGUUCUCUGGUGGUACCAGUCAGAGAGCUGCUGUCAGAACCAGAUCUGGUCCUGGAUCAGUGGCUGAGUCUGGAUGGAGCCUCACCUGACAGUCAGAUUCUACUGAGGGCUGAACUGAAGGUGCUGUGUCCCAAGAAGUGUGAGAUUGAUGUGGAGAGGGCAGAUCAACCCAGAGCUCGAGCCGCCUCUACUGCUGAACAGACACUGGAGAGAGACACAGUGCAGCAGAGGUGUAUUUCAGUGGACACUCCCAGUGCUCCAUCCCCCAGCCCUUCCUCUAUCCCAGCACCAGUACCAGAGCCAGAGGAGGCUAAGAGGGUAACAGUUACUGAGAUGGUACCUGAGGAGGUCACUGAGGAACCCAGUCAUCCUGGAACACUCCCAACACACACCAACCCUGAGCCCAGCUUUGGCUCUGAGGGGGUGCUGAGAAUCCACCUACUGGAGGCCCAGAAUCUAAUCGCCAAGGACAAUCUGAUGGGGGGCCUGAAGAAGGGCAAGAGUGACCCGUACGUCAAGAUCAACAUCGGAGGGGUCAAGUUUAAGAGUCAUGUGAUCAAGGAGAACCUCAACCCCACCUGGAACGAGAUGUAUGAGACGGUGAUGACCCCACAGUCAGAUCAGGAGGUCCAGGUAGAGCUGUAUGAUAAAGACAUGGACAAGGAUGACUUCCUGGGCAGGUGUAACAUCAGUAUGAGAGACAUCAUACACUCCCAGUAUACCGACCAGUGGUACAUUCUGAAUGAUGUGAAGUCAGGUCGUGUUCACCUGGUACUGGAGUGGGUACCAACAGUAUCACAACCAGACAGACUGGAUCAGGUGUUGCAGCUGCAGUCUAUCCAGUCCUACCAGAACAAGGCUGUUCCCUCUGCUGCUCUGCUCUUCGUCUACAUGGACAGAGCCCACUCACUGCCUUUGAAGAAAAGUGGGAAGGAGCCAAAUGCUGGAGCUGAGCUUGUUCUGGGAGAGACAACCUACAGAACCAAGGUGUGUGAUCGUACCAAUUCCCCCCAAUGGGAAGAGGCUUUCUACUUCCUGGUUCGUGACCCCAGAGAGGAGAUUCUCAUAGUGAAGCUCUCCAGUGCUUGGGAUCAGGCGAUGGGUUCUCUGGUGGUACCAGUCAGAGAGCUGCUGUCAGAACCAGAUCUGGUCCUGGAUCAGUGGCUGAGUCUGGAUGGAGCCUCACCUGACAGUCAGAUUCUACUGAGGGCUGAACUGAAGGUGCUGUGUCCCAAGAAGUGUGAGAUUGAUGUGGAGAGGGCAGAUCAACCCAGAGCUCGAGCCGCCUCUACUGCUGAACAGACACUGGAGAGAGACACAGUGCAGCAGAGGUGUAUUUCAGUGGACACUCCCAGUGCUCCAUCCCCCAGCCCUUCCUCUAUCCCAGCACCAGUACCAGAGCCAGAGGAGGCUAAGAGGGUAACAGUUACUGAGAUGGUACCUGAGGAGGUCACUGAGGAACCCAGUCAUCCUGGAACACUCCCAACACACACCAACCCUGAGCCCAGCUUUGGCUCUGAGGGGGUGCUGAGAAUCCACCUACUGGAGGCCCAGAAUCUAAUCGCCAAGGACAAUCUGAUGGGGGGCCUGAAGAAGGGCAAGAGUGACCCGUACGUCAAGAUCAACAUCGGAGGGGUCAAGUUUAAGAGUCAUGUGAUCAAGGAGAACCUCAACCCCACCUGGAACGAGAUGUAUGAGACGGUGAUGACCCCACAGUCAGAUCAGGAGGUCCAGGUAGAGCUGUAUGAUAAAGACAUGGACAAGGAUGACUUCCUGGGCAGGUGUAACAUCAGUAUGAGAGACAUCAUACACUCCCAGUAUACCGACCAGUGGUACAUUCUGAAUGAUGUGAAGUCAGGUCGUGUUCACCUGGUACUGGAGUGGGUACCAACAGUAUCACAACCAGACAGACUGGAUCAGGUGUUGCAGCUGCAGUCUAUCCAGUCCUACCAGAACAAGGCUGUUCCCUCUGCUGCUCUGCUCUUCGUCUACAUGGACAGAGCCCACUCACUGCCUUUGAAGAAAAGUGGGAAGGAGCCAAAUGCUGGAGCUGAGCUUGUUCUGGGAGAGACAACCUACAGAACCAAGGUGUGUGAUCGUACCAAUUCCCCCCAAUGGGAAGAGGCUUUCUACUUCCUGGUUCGUGACCCCAGAGAGGAGAUUCUCAUAGUGAAGCUCUCCAGUGCUUGGGAUCAGGCGAUGGGUUCUCUGGUGGUACCAGUCAGAGAGCUGCUGUCAGAACCAGAUCUGGUCCUGGAUCAGUGGCUGAGUCUGGAUGGAGCCUCACCUGACAGUCAGAUUCUACUGAGGGCUGAACUGAAGGUGCUGUGUCCCAAGAAGUGUGAGAUUGAUGUGGAGAGGGCAGAUCAACCCAGAGCUCGAGCCGCCUCUACUGCUGAACAGACACUGGAGAGAGACACAGUGCAGCAGAGGUGUAUUUCAGUGGACACUCCCAGUGCUCCAUCCCCCAGCCCUUCCUCUAUCCCAGCACCAGUACCAGAGCCAGAGGAGGCUAAGAGGGUAACAGUUACUGAGAUGGUACCUGAGGAGGUCACUGAGGAACCCAGUCAUCCUGGAACACUCCCAACACACACCAACCCUGAGCCCAGCUUUGGCUCUGAGGGGGUGCUGAGAAUCCACCUACUGGAGGCCCAGAAUCUAAUCGCCAAGGACAAUCUGAUGGGGGGCCUGAAGAAGGGCAAGAGUGACCCGUACGUCAAGAUCAACAUCGGAGGGGUCAAGUUUAAGAGUCAUGUGAUCAAGGAGAACCUCAACCCCACCUGGAACGAGAUGUAUGAGACGGUGAUGACCCCACAGUCAGAUCAGGAGGUCCAGGUAGAGCUGUAUGAUAAAGACAUGGACAAGGAUGACUUCCUGGGCAGGUGUAACAUCAGUAUGAGAGACAUCAUACACUCCCAGUAUACCGACCAGUGGUACAUUCUGAAUGAUGUGAAGUCAGGUCGUGUUCACCUGGUACUGGAGUGGGUACCAACAGUAUCACAACCAGACAGACUGGAUCAGGUGUUGCAGCUGCAGUCUAUCCAGUCCUACCAGAACAAGGCUGUUCCCUCUGCUGCUCUGCUCUUCGUCUACAUGGACAGAGCCCACUCACUGCCUUUGAAGAAAAGUGGGAAGGAGCCAAAUGCUGGAGCUGAGCUUGUUCUGGGAGAGACAACCUACAGAACCAAGGUGUGUGAUCGUACCAACUCCCCCCAAUGGGAAGAGGCUUUCUACUUCCUGGUUCGUGACCCCAGAGAGGAGAUUCUCAUAGUGAAGCUCUCCAGUGCUUGGGAUCAGGCGAUGGGUUCUCUUGUUGUACCAAUCAGAGAGCUGCUGUCAGAACCAGAUCUGGUCCUGGAUCAGUGGCUGAGUCUGGAUGGAGCCUCACCUGACAGUCAGAUUCUACUGAGGGCUGAGCUUAAGAUCCUGAACUCGAAGAUGACUGAGGGUGUUGGAGUACCACAAGGCUCUGUCUCAGGUCCAGAAAUUAUUAUGAGUGGGAGUUAUAGUGAGGAGAAGGAACAAAUUACCAUUGAGCAGCCAGUUACUGCAACAAUUGGGGAGAAGCAACACAGUGAGGUGCCCUCUGAGGAAUCUGUUGCAGUCUCCAGCCAACCCUCUAUCUCUGAACCUGAGGAAGCAGAGGUGGUCUUUGAGGUCCCCAAAGAAGACCCCAGCCCUCCUGAGAUACUCCCACCACACACCACCCCUGACCCCAGCUUUGAUACUGAGAUAGAGGAGCCAGAAGAAACUGAGGAACCUAUCACCCAACUGUCAGUCACAGCAGACACUGAGGAGCUCCAACCCUGGCAGGGACCAACGGCAGGAUCUGUUACAGAGGACAUUGCCAGAGCUACAGUGUCUAGCCUUUCUUCUGUGUCUGUACCUGAGGAAGCUGAGGUCAUGCCUGAUGUCAUCCCUGAAACACGCCCUCCUCACACUACCCCUCACCCAAGUUUUGGCACUGAGGGGGUGCUGAGAAUCCAUGUACUGGAGGCCCAGGAUCUGGUUGCCAUGGAUAAGCUGAUGGGGGGCCUGAAGAAGGGCAAGAGUGACCCCUAUGUCAAGAUCAACAUCGGAGUGGUCAAGUUUAAGAGUCGUGUGAUCAAGGAGAACCUCAACCCCACCUGGAACGAGAUGUUUGAGACGGUGCUGAACCCCCAGGCUGGUCAGGAGGUCCAGGUAGAGCUGUAUGAUAAAGACAUGGAUGCAGAUGACUUCCUGGGAAGGUUUAUGAUGAGGCUGAGUGAUGUCAUCAGUUCCCAGUACACAGACCAGUGGUACACUCUGAAUGAUGUGAAGUCAGGUCGUCUUCACCUGGUACUGGAGUGGGUACCAACAGUAUCACAACCAGACAGACUGAAUAAGGUGCUGCAGCUGCAGUCUCUCCAGUCCUACCAGAACAAGGCUGUUCCCUCUGCUGCUCUGCUUUUCAUAUACAUGGACAGAGCCCACUCACUGCCUUUGAAGAAGAGUGGGAAGGAGCCAAAGGCUGGAGCUGAGCUUGUUCUGGGAGAGACAACAUAUAGAACCAAGGUAUGUGAUCGUACCAACUCCCCCCAAUGGGAAGAAGCUUUCUACUUCCUGGUUCGAGACCCCAGAGAGGAGAUUUUCAUAGUGAAGCUCUCCAGUGCUUGGGAUCAGGCGAUGGGUUCUCUGGUGGUACCAGUCAGAGAGCUGCUGUCAGAACCAGAUCUGGUCCUGGAUCAGUGGCUGAGUCUGGAUGGAGCCUCACCUGACAGUCAGAUUCUACUGAGGGCUGAGCUUAAGAUCCUGAACUCGAAGAUGACUGAGGGUGUUGGGGUACCACAAGGCUCUGUCUCAGGUCCAGAAAUUAUUAUGAGUGGGAGUUACAGUGAGGAGAAGGAACAAAUUACCAUUGAGCAGCCAGUUACUGCAACAAUUGGGGAGAAGCAACACAGUGAGGUGCCCUCUGAGGAAUCUGUUGCAGUCUCCAGCCAACCCUCUAUCUCUGAAACUGAGGAAGCAGAGGUGGUCUUUGAGGUCCCCAAAGAAGACCCCAGCCCUCCUGAGACACUCCCACCACACACCACCCCUGACCCCAGCUUUGAUACUGAGAUAGGUUCCUCAGUUUCUUCUGGCUCCUCUAUCACCCAACUGUCAGUCACAGCAGACACUGAGGAGCUCCAACCCUGGCAGGGACCAUCGGCAGGAUCUGUUACAGAGGACAUUGCCAGAGCUACAGUGUCUAGCCUUCCUUCUGUGUCUGUACCUGAGGAAGCUGAGGUCAUGCCUGAUGUCAUCCCUGAAACACGCCCUCCUCACACUACCCCUCACCCAAGUUUUGGCACUGAGGGGGUGCUGAGAAUCCAUGUACUGGAGGCCCAGGAUCUGGUUGCCAUGGAUAAGCUGAUGGGGGGCCUGAAGAAGGGCAAGAGUGACCCCUAUGUCAAGAUCAACAUCGGAGUGGUCAAGUUUAAGAGUCGUGUGAUCAAGGAGAACCUCAACCCCACCUGGAACGAGAUGUUUGAGACGGUGCUGAACCCCCAGGCUGGUCAGGAGGUCCAGGUAGAGCUGUAUGAUAAAGACAUGGAUGCAGAUGACUUCCUGGGAAGGUUUAUGAUGAGGCUGAGUGAUGUCAUCAGUUCCCAGUACACAGACCAGUGGUACACUCUGAAUGAUGUGAAGUCAGGUCGUCUUCACCUGGUACUGGAGUGGGUACCAACAGUAUCACAACCAGACAGACUGAAUAAGGUGCUGCAGCUGCAGUCUCUCCAGUCCUACCAGAACAAGGCUGUUCCCUCUGCUGCUCUGCUUUUCGUAUACAUGGACAGAGCCCACUCACUGCCUUUGAAGAAGAGUGGGAAGGAGCCAAAGGCUGGAGCUGAGCUUGUUCUGGGAGAGACAACAUAUAGAACCAAGGUAUGUGAUCGUACCAACUCCCCCCAAUGGGAAGAGGCUUUCUACUUCCUGGUUCGAGACCCCAGAGAGGAGAUUUUCAUAGUGAAGCUCUCCAGUGCUUGGGAUCAGGCGAUGGGUUCUCUGGUGGUACCAGUCAGAGAGCUGCUGUCAGAACCAGAUCUGGUCCUGGAUCAGUGGCUGAGUCUGGAUGGAGCCUCACCUGACAGUCAGAUUCUACUGAGGGCUGAGCUUAAGAUCCUGAACUCGAAGAUGACUGAGGGUGUUGGGGUACCACAAGGCUCUGUCUCAGGUCCAGAAAUUAUUAUGAGUGGGAGUUACAGUGAGGAGAAGGAACAAAUUACCAUUGAGCAGCCAGUUACUGCAACAAUUGGGGAGAAGCAACACAGUGAGGUGCCCUCUGAGGAAUCUGUUGCAGUCUCCAGCCAACCCUCUAUCUCUGAAACUGAGGAAGCAGAGGUGGUCUUUGAGGUCCCCAAAGAAGACCCCAGCCCUCCUGAGACACUCCCACCACACACCACCCCUGACCCCAGCUUUGAUACUGAGAUAGAGGAGCCAGAAGAAACUGAGGAACCUAUCACCCAACUGUCAGUCACAGCAGACACUGAGGAGCUCCAACCCUGGCAGGGACCAACGGCAGGAUCUGUUACAGAGGACAUUGCCAGAGCUACAGUGUCUAGCCUUCCUUCUGUGUCUGUACCUGAGGAAGCUGAGGUCAUGCCUGAUGUCAUCCCUGAAACACGCCCUCCUCACACUACCCCUCACCCAAGUUUUGGCACUGAGGGGGUGCUGAGAAUCCAUGUACUGGAGGCCCAGGAUCUGGUUGCCAUGGAUAAGCUAAUGGGGGGCCUGAAGAAGGGCAAGAGUGACCCCUAUGUCAAGAUCAACAUCGGAGUGGUCAAGUUUAAGAGUCGUGUGAUCAAGGAGAACCUCAACCCCACCUGGAACGAGAUGUUUGAGACGGUGCUGAACCCCCAGGCUGGUCAGGAGGUCCAGGUAGAGCUGUAUGAUAAAGACAUGGAUGCAGAUGACUUCCUGGGAAGGUUUAUGAUGAGGCUGAGUGAUGUCAUCAGUUCCCAGUACACAGACCAGUGGUACACUCUGAAUGAUGUGAAGUCGGGUCGCCUUCACCUGGUACUGGAGUGGGUACCAACAGUAUCACAACCAGACAGACUGGAUCAGGUGCUGCAGCUACAGUCUCUCCAGUCCUACCAGAACAAGGCUGUUCCCUCUGCUGCUCUGCUCUUCGUCUACAUGGACAGAGCCCACUCACUGCCUAUGAAGAAGAGUGGGAAGGAGCCAAAGGCUGGAGCUGAGCUUGUUCUGGUGGAGACCACCUACAGAACAAAGGUGUGUGAUCGCACCAACUCCCCCCAGUGGGAUGAGGCUUUCUACUUUCUGGUUCGUGAUCCCAAAGAAGAGAUGCUCAUAGUGAAGCUCUCUAGUGCUUGGGAUCAGGCGAUGGGCUCUCUGGUGGUACCAGUCAGAGAGCUGCUGUCACAACCAGAUCUGGUCCUGGAUCAGUGGCUGAGUUUGGAUGGAGCCUCACCUGACAGUCAGAUUCUACUGAGGGCUGAACUCAAGAUUCUGGAAUCUAAAAUGGUGGACCUGAUAGGUCAUGGAAUUCUUCCAUGUGCUGCAGGAAACUGUGGGCAGGUGAAGCUGUCUCUCUCCUAUGCCUCAAAGAAGAAGAAACUGACCAUCACAGUCCACGCCUGCAGGGAUCUGGAGUCGCCCAGUAAAGACGGUCUAGACACCUACGUCUCCCUCAUGCUGCUGCCCGACAAAAACAAGGCCACCAAGAGGAAGACAAGCAUCAAGAAGAGAGACCUCAACCCAGAAUAUAACGAAAGGUUUGAGUUUGAGCUGUCUGUGGAGGAGGCCAGGCGCAGGCAUCUGAGUGUGUCAGUGAAGAACAGCAAAGCCUCCUUCAGGAGCAGCGAUCUCAUUGGACAGGUGCAGAUAGAGCUGGCUCAGAUUGACCUGGCCUCAGGGGUCACAGAAUGGUUUGACUUGAAACAGGAAGCUGAAUAAUGGAUCUGUCAUACCACAGGGUUAAAGUUCACCUGUACAGCCUAACUCACGCCGAUGCCUUCCCCCACCUACCACUGCUGCAGCCUUCCCUGUCCUAUCACCUGUUAAUGUCUAUCUCUAAAUAUCUACAUAUCAAUAUUAUCACUAAAGACAGGGCUCAAUAGGUCAGAUCCUGGAUUGAACCAGGAGAAAGUCUGUAUUAUAUAGUUUCAUCUGAAGUUUAUACCUAGUAUUAAUAGUUAAGCUCAAAAUGUGUACAUACUUAUGAAAAGGUUGAAGGUUAUACCUGCAUACUUUAAGAACUGAUGAGGGUUAUACCCGUUUAUUAAGGUUACUUUUGAAGUUUACAUUAAUAACUUGUUAGGGAUAUUUGAAGAUCAUAUGAAGGUUAUGUACGUUAAAGGUUAAUGUACUAAUGAACGAUAGCUACAUGCAUUUAUCUUGCUAAAGUAAUAUCAGUAAGGAAGGAGUUAAUAUUAUCAAGGUAAAGAGACUCUUGCCUGAUCCAGGAAGUGAAUAGGGACCAGCAUGCGUUGUCAGUAUACGGUAUCAGAUUGGUAUUAUCAAAUAACUUGUAAGCAAAGUAACAAUAAUUUGAAGAUAUCAGCGAAUUCCAUUAUAUUAUGGAAUGAUGUUUGCUGUGGAAAAUUGUUAAGUAUGUUAAUACUAAUAGAAGGAUAAUGAGGAAGUAAAAUGGUAAGUAUGUUAAUACUAAUAGAAGGAUAAUGAGGAAGUAAAAUGGUAAGUAUAGUAUGAGUCCUUGCGGAUUGAGAGAGAAAUCAGGUCCGGGACAAGGUAGCACGUCCGGUGAACAGUACACUUUAACCCAAAUCCUUUACUCAGUGUCUAGUCAGGAACCUCCCUUAUUAAAAGAGCAUUGAUUUUACUUUGCCGUAUGUUAUCACAGAGACUUCUAUAGUAUAUACUGUACCAAUGGGGCGGCAGGGUAGCCUAGUGGUUAGAGCGUUGGACUAGAAAGGUUGCAAGUUCAAAUCCCCAAGCUGACUAGGUACAAAUCUGUCAUUCUGCCCCUGAACGGGCAGUUCCUAGGCCGUCAUUGAAAAUAAGAAUUUGUUCUUAACUGACUUGCCUAGUUAAAGGUGUAUAUAUAUAUAAACAGUACUGCCAUCCAUGCGAAAUUCAGCCAAUUAUCAAGGCACUCUGAUAUUACAGAUACUGACCAGUGAGGUUCAAAAGUGUCAUGGAGUGUUAUUCAUUUCUAACUAAUACAAAAAAAGUAUUUAUCUGUUGCCAUUUGUAUUUUACUAAUUCAUCAUAUAUUUUUACUUGCCCUUGUGUUGCUAUGCUGCUUUGUGUUUUGAUGUGUAUCUUUGUUUUUUUAACACAUUACAAUUGUGCAUAUAUUCAUCCUUUCUAGCAGGGUUGUGCUCAAUUCAGAAUGAAAGGAAUGCCUCAAAUUCCAAUAAAAUUACUGAAUUUUAA